UGGCACUUUGUUUCAGAUGGCUACUACAUCUACCUGCAUGGCGACGAUCCCUACCCUGGCUUUGUGUCACAGCUGGUCAGCCCGGUGUGCAAUUCAACGGGACCACACUGCUUCCGCUUCUGGUAUCACAUGUAUGGAGUGGCUGAAACCAUGGCCCUGCGGGUGUAUGUGGCUCAGGACGGGGAGCUACUGGAGGUCUGGAAAAGCGUUGGGAACCACGGGGACAGAUGGAUCUUGGGAGAGGUCACAGUGCAUAGUACAGGAAACUUGCAGCUUGUCCUUGAGGGAGAAUGGGGGGAAGAUUUCCGCAGCGACGUAGCACUGGAUGAUCUGUCCAUUGAACAGGGAUACUGUCCAGGCGAUGUGACCCCAACUCCACGCCCUGGCACCACCACACCUGGGACAGGAACCUCCACACCAACACCACAGCCAGGCUCAGGUCCAUCAACACCAAAACCUGGGACACCCUCGCCAGACAUCACUACGCCGCCUCCACACCCAACAACAACCACACCAAGCUCAGGUCCAUCAACACCAAAACCUGGGACACCCUCGCCAGACAUCACUACACCGCCUCCACACCCAACAACAACCACACCAAGCUCAGGUAUUGUCAUGACCUGUGCCCGUUCUGUACUGUUUCUGACAUAUGUUUUGCAGAUUUCCUUCAGGGUUGAUGGCUACGGUAUGGUACGGCUGUAGUACAGAGGUUGUGGUUUCCUUUUC